UUCUCGUGCUGUAUCGAUCUUAAGCUGGAUAAAUUAAUUUUACGAGCAUCCCCGAUCGUAUGGAAUCAAAAGGAAAACGGUAGGGCAAUCAUAUCAAAUAUUCAUUCAAGACGAGGCUCUUCGUUUCGAAUACAUUUGGCGACAAUCUUGACAAAAAAGUGUAUUCUAGCUUUGUUAUUGUUUAUCAAAGAAUGGUUCGGCAUUGUCUAGAUUUAAAAGUAAUAUUUACAAUCAUAUUUAAAGCAAAUUUGAUAAUGAGGUCAUCACUUGCGUGAUCAUUACGUUUAAAAACUAAUGAUUAUCGGUGAAGUAUAAUUUCACAGCCGUUUUGUCAAAUUUGUUUAAAUUUCCUCUACUCGGAUACUAAAAUACUAAAAAUCUCCUAGAUGCUGUACGCUACAUUUGCAAUACGAUAUAAGAAACGAUGCAGUACAUGUGCAAAUAGCAAUCUUGUAAGUUAUUCGGACCAAAAUUGUAAAUUAACGCAGUCAAAAUAUAUUUUUAAAUUAAAAAACAUCAAGACGGAAUACUUCCUCUGACAACUCUGACAAAGAUGAUUACUUUCCAACGUCGACUUUAGUUUGGAAAACUGCCCAUAGAGCAAACCCAUUUUCCGGGGUUUUCAGAUGAUAGCUCCAGACUGUAGUAACAAAUCCUGAAAGAACAAUGGAGAACGAAUAUUUGCAUGUUCCCAAGGAACUCAAAGGUCAUGUUAUUGGAAGGGGAGGACUAGUGAUAAAGGAGAUCAGAAAGAGUUCUUCGGCAAAUAUCACUUCAAGGAGCAGAGAUGAGGAAGGAUUUACUAUCACUGGAAACAGGGAACAAAUAACGCUUGCGAAGAGAUUAAUCUCAGAAAAAGUGGUAAGUAAUUUAAAACCUGGAACGAUUCCGUAAAUUUUCUGUAAAUGGAAGCAACUUUGAAGAGGACCUGCAAUUGCAUCAGGCCAUCCCUUAGUUUCAAAUUAAAAAAAUCCGUUUAAAAACGGGAAUGAUUCCGUAAAUGUUCACCGUACUAUUAAGGAAACAACUCUGGGAUGGACCUGGAAUUCCAUCCGGCUAUCCUUUUACUUUUACUUAAUCACACGACUGUUAGAUAAAUAGAAUAUUUCCCGAAUAAAAAUUUCAGUCCCUUACACUGUCUUUGACAACCACGAGUGGAAGCACAAGGAUGCCGACCUUGAGUCGUUAAUAGUUGUACAAUUUUCGACAAGUUUUUGGUAUCUCUGUAUCAUGAGUUGUUUUUCAUCUCGUGGGUCUUUGUUUUCUGUGGGAUUUUAACAGGAAGAAGUUAAGAGAAGGAAAACUGAAGGAUCUCCGGGUGAACUGGUAAAAAUUCCAGAUAAGUACAAAGGAAUCGUCUUUGGUGUGGGAGGCGAUACCCUCAAAAAAAUAAGCACACAGACUGGGGCAACGAUGAUUCGUAUAGAAGGAGAAUGUUAUAUAACGACUGGUACCAAGUCUCAAAGAGAUAUGACAAAAUUACGUAUUUGGAGUAUAGUGGUGAGUAUCACCUUAGAAUGUGGUCUACAGGUCAGUCGACAUGAUCAAUUCGAACUCACAACUUAACAUAAAAGUUUUCUGGAACAAUUGUUUGGUAUAUUUUUUUUACUCGUUGCCAACUGUUAAAAAAUAAACAAACAUCAUACUAUUUCGUGGGUAAAAUUCCAUGGAAGGAAAUUCUUUCGUCUUGUCUUUGCCAGGAAACGAAUUUACGUGAGCAAGUCAAGGGAUCUGUUCAUCAGCACGAAAUGUGCAAUCUAAUUGGUUCUCAGAGUGGUCUUAGAUGUAUAGCUGCAAUACAGGCCACGGAGAGGAUCGGUUCACGGAUAAACAAUGGUUGUGCAGAAAAUGAAUGAAAAGCCUGUUAGGCAAUUUUCCGCAGACUUAAGCUACAUUUUCCAGUGCUGACGCUCUCAUUUUUUAUAAUUAGUAAAACUGAUGGGUCAGUGCAAUCCUUAACCAUAAUCGUUAUAAUAUAUUUAUGUCGGGAAAAGAACUAAAUGUUGUGGACCUUGCACUGUCACAAUAUCCCACUGCUGGUUGUAAUGACAAUCCAAAAUUUAAGUUACCUUCUUUGAUUGCAGUAUAAGUUUAGGAAUGAUGUUUUUUGUCUUGUCACAAGCGUGAGACAAAGAGAAAAAAAUCAGAUCUUCGGGUUCUGCGCUUUGAUGCUCUACCACUAAGAGACUCCACGGUGAGCGAGGCUCAGUACGAAGUUCUUACAUAACACGCGUCCUGCAUACUACUGAGAUCAGCGAUGUCGAUAGCGUCAUGUUUGUAAAUAGAUUGAGAGAGAUGGUAAGCAGACACGCAGGACGCGUGUUCUAUAUGAACUUCGUAAUGGAUCUCGCUCACUUUAGAGUCACUGUGGCUUAAUGGUAGGGCAUCGGAGUGCGGCAUCCGAAAGAUCUGAGGUUCGAUUCCUCAUGGGGACUUAGAAUUUUUUACUUUGUCUCACACUCAUGACAAGACAAAAAAAACAUAUUUCUCUAUUUCUUUACCGGGCUCAAAACGUACCAUUCCUCUUACUCAAUAUAAGUAUAUUUUAACUCCUUGAUUAUUUUAUGUGAAGGCAGGGGCAAGACUAAGGGGAGUUGAAAAGCCUUGUAACAAGGUUUGUUGCUACAUCGAUGGCUGGAAUCUUCCAGAAAACUCUGAGUUAAUGCUGAAGCCUCAGAAUAGUUGGUUGGGUCUUCUGGAAAAGGAUGAACAUUAUCGACUGCUACCGACUGAGGAAUAUGAACCUCUGCAGGUUUGUUCAUUUUCUGAAGACGACAAUUCAACGGUGAAGACGAGUUUUUUAGGUUUUAUUUUUGAUUUUGUUUUUUGUUUUUGUUCUUAGCGGUUUUCGUUACUUUAUUUUUACUGUAUUGACGAUGAUGUCUUUGAUUUGUUUUGUGAUAUAGUUGUUAAGUUCCUUUUCUCAGUUAUGAUGUUUUCAGAUAUUUCUUAUAGUGUGCUUUAACAUGCUAGCACCAACCUUGAAACUAUCAUAUCCAUAAUCAUCAAUCUCUAUCAGUUGUCACUUUUCCAAGGUGGUAAAUUAGUAGCGCAGCUCUGAAAGAACAGAGCACUUAUUCGCCAUAAGUUAUAUCUGCAAUGAGUUAUAAUGGUGCAAACCCGUUACAGGUUAAAGGGAGAACCACCAACGACUAUUAGAAUAUACCAAUAUGAGUGGAUAGCGUUGAAGACGCGCUUUGAUUCGCUAGUCAAACUCUGGUUAUCCUUUGCUUUUUACCGCCGAGCAACUCACGCGGAAUUUGCGCUCGAAAAUGUCGUAAUCGUUGCGGAAUAGUUGAGUUAUAGUCAUCUUUUUGAGUUAUUUUUAUCUCACUGUUUAAGUAUAUAAGAAGCAACAAUUAGUCACAGUGUCGAUGGCUGGCAGAAGAUAUUUAUCGAGCCUCGAAGCGGCGAGAUAAAUAUCCCCCACUAGCCACCUCCACUUUGGUGAAUAGUUGUUAGUUAUUAGAUACAAUCAGUAAAAAGUUUUCCUCUGUUUUCUCUUAUCAAGGAAUCAAGUUGUAGUGAUAGCACGGCAUACGAGUUGAGACUAAAAGAAGAUGCUUUGGAAUCUCUGCGCAGAAUUAAAAGGGAAAAGGGGUUGAAGGCCGACAUGUGGUGUCAUUUUGGAAAGGUAGUGAUCCGCGGACCCGAUGAAGGUAAAGUUACUGAGUAUAAUUUGUUACAAAAGACUAUUACAGUUCUCUCUUUUUACGAGUAUUGACUCAUCAGUUUGAAAUUAUCCAUUCAACAUGAAUAAAUAUGUAAUAAACCUUAAUAAAUUGUCAUAAAGUCAAAUCUACUGCAGCUAUCUCCUAACUUUGCUGAUCACUUAUCUAAAUGAUGGUAAGAAUAAUGAUCAAAAUGUACUCAAAACUCGCUGGUGGCGUUCUAAUCUAUAAGAUCUGAAAUCCACUCCGGCUAAACCUGCAGAAGUAAAAUUUGAAACGCUCGAUUGAUUACAGCGGAGGUUUCAGAUGAAGAACAAUGGAGUAUUGAAGAAGCAACGAAAAAUUUCAACCUCAGGAAGGACAGGAUUACUGGAAAAUCGCAUUUAAGGAAGGUGUCAAUGUUGAUCAGCAAGUCUUAGAGAAAAACUUUGGUCAGAAAUACCGCAGAGAAUAUCAUGCAAGAUAUGACUUGACCUUCGUUGUGUCCAGUGGACACGAAUUGAGAGGCAAGGUACGUAGAAGGAUGGCAGGGAGGAAAAUUCAACCGGCUCAAAACUUGAUUUUAUACCCCAAUUCUUAAGAUUCUGGACCUACUGGUCUCUCAAAACUACGUACGUUUGGCUAAAUUCAUAGUUCACGGAAAACUAAAUCCACUUUUUAGUAGCCUUUAUAUAGUUCAGUUCAGUUACGCUCGUUUCAAAACUUACGAAGCUAUUUCAAACCCUUGGAUGUAAGCACCCACAUUUGUUUGGCUGCAUGAUUGCGGAAUGACACUUGAGAUGGUAACCCAAAGCAUGAAUUACGGAAUUUAAGAUGAAUCUAGUGAUAAUCUUGUAUCCACUAAUAUAAAAAAUGUUUCACUUGAAGUAAUUGGGCCGUUACGUUAUUAGUUUUUAUGUCACCUUCAUUAAAUAAAGACAUCACUUACUUACUUACUUACUUAAGUACUGUUAUGUAUAACAGAUAUGGGUACUGAACAAGGACUCUGACAAAGCAGUGAAAGAGAAGGCAGUCCCCUUUAGCGACGUCAAAAAUAUAUUGGAGGAAAUUUAUUUUGAAGAUGAAAAAACACGCUCAAGGUGUCGAGGAUGGCUGGCCCUUCCAUCUCGCAGAUUUCUACAGGCUGACAUUUUGUUUCCUGGAAGCGAACUUGAUUGCAGAAUAACUUUACGGAAACGAAAUGGUGAACUUUAUUUAAGUAACUUUAUGUAUUUAAGUCAUUCACUCUUUUUUUCAGUGAUCAAUAAUAAUUUAAGCUGCCAAAAUUUAGGUAAUCAAACGUAAAAUGCGUUUUUAAAAGCUAUGUCUGCCAUGAAACAUAAAGUACCCGUUGGGAGUACUUCGUCAUUUCACGCUGUAUAAGCGUUAUCAGGAACACGUCCUGUACUAAAUUUCAGUUUGCCGGUCCGUGUAACUUUGAACUCUCAAGGAGUCAAGUUUGCUAGUUGGUUAUUUUUGCCAAUAAAUCUACCAAUAAGUAAAUAGAUAAAAUAAUGAAAGUACUGGAUGAAUGUAAAGAACCAUAAAUGUUUUUCAAACUUCUGAUCGAAAUUAAUGCCACAACGUACGAAACUUAAAAUACCAUUUAAAAAAUGCAGAUCACCUCAGAUUUAAAUAAAACAUUGCUUUUCAGUAGAUGAUGCAUGCUCUUAGCCUUGUUUGUUUAACUUGGCCAAAGACAUAACAAUCAUGUUUUUCUUUUAGAUGAUGCCGUGUCUACCGAUUAUGCUGAUCUUGACGAAAAUGAAAGACAAGCUCUGUUAUCAUAUCUGUCCAAGCUAACUUUUACGUUCACGGAAGACGAUGAAGUAAAUGGACCAAAUCUCCCCGCCGAUGAAACUUUGUCAAAGGAAAUAUUUCUACGUCACAGACGAUGUUCUCAUCGAACUGUGUUCGAACCACAAGCUGGAUUUUUCGUUAUCCUUUCUAAGGAGAUGUCGUUAUCUUACGAUAUAGAGGAAAAAGAGGAAAGAGAAACGGUACAAAAAUUAUGAUGGUCAUCAUUAUUGUGACUAGCAUCCUCGCAUAUUGAAUCAGACACACGCAAUUUAUACACUUGUAAUGAAAUAAAUAAUCGCUUUCACGAGUAAUCGCAGUGUCCAUUUUGGCCAAUCAAGGAAAGUUUCAAUUUUCAAUGUUUUGUUGACAAAAUUUAUUUUCAGCAUGUAAACCUAUGGCUAUUUACUGAUAAAAACGUUUUUUUUUGCAGGUCGAUCUGCAUCUACACUGCAAAGACUGGGACGAACAAUUAAAGAAUGAAAAUUGGAAACCUGAAGACAUCGUUGCGAAGUUAUCUGAAUUUCUUCAAUUUGUUAAACAAGUUCAGAGUCUUAUUUGCAGUGAACUGCGCCGCAGCAACGAAGAAGCUUGAAAAUUUAAUCAGCUUGUUAUACGAUGCAUCAAAUCACGGGAUCAUCGACAACUGUAAGCUGUUCCUCCAUGAGAUACUUUUUUUCCUCAUGAGGAUAACAUAUGGGAGAAAGUAAUUGCACCAUAAUUAAUACUUCAUCAAUCAAUUAUUUGAUCGAAUGUGAUUUGUAUCUUCCAUGACUCAUACUGGCGCGAAUAAGAGUAAUAUAUUCUCUGCUAAAGUAAUUCUUUACCAGUGCACCAGGUCUCUAAUCGACAAAUGAAUUCAACGAUGGUCUUACUUCAUUCUCCCGUGAUCUAUUACUGAACAGAAGCAGGGCAACAUGACGAAGUAAAAUGUUGUUGAUGGCGAAACAUACUAUGCGGCUGCAUCAAAAUGCGUGUAAAGUUAAGCUUAUCAUACAGUCUAUACCUAGCUAAUUCAGUACAUUGCCCUUUCUUGAUUUGACCAUAACAGAGUAAUUAAACCUCAUUUCGCACAUGUAUGUUUGUUGAAUCCUAACUAUCCUACGUUUAUGGUAUGGUCUUUGGCGCGUAGACAUGCGCAGUCUAAUAGACUUUAUCAGCGAAUAUCAUGAAGGGCGAGUCACGCAGGGCAAAAUGACAACUUCCGUGUUUGUUUAAUGUAAUAACGAAGUAAAAUGUUUUUAAUGGCGAAAUAUGCUAUGCGUCUGAGUCCAGAAGAUCAUUGUUAAGAUACAAUCAAAGUGCGUCACCCCAUAAAUUCCUGGUACACUCAGUGCUUUUACCUUUCUCAGGCUCUCCAAGCAUAUAAACAAUGUAACAAUGAAAAGGUAUCUGCGUGGGACAAGCUUGAGAAAUAAUUGAGUGUCUUAAACCAAUAUUUACGGAAAACAAAGUCUCUAUUUCCUGGAAUAUAGAUAGAAUAUACCAAUACGUCACAAUGGAACAUGAGGUCUUAGUGACUGUGUAUGUCUCGUAGCAUUGACUAUACACCUGUUGUAAAAUUGACAAACCAGGUUAAUUUAAAAAGUUUUAAAAACUUCACACAAAACUAGUUUCAAGUUCAGUAAGGAAAGAAUGUUUAUCCAAGAGUAUAAUGAGGGCAAUAAGGCCCUGAGCUUCGUCACGAUUGUAUUAAAUUGCUUUUGUUAGAUAAUUUGUACGUGUUCUGAUUUAAACUGUUUCAAUUUAUGCAUUAUACGGUAUCGUGACUAGAAAAAAAAUUGCAUCAUGUCACUGUGGUAUUUUGGUCGCGCGACAUCACAAUAUGUAGGUAUGUUGGUUAUAAACACUCUAACGGAUCUGUUCAUGUUUUCCUUCAGCGGCAUAAUAAGAAACAUUAAACUGUUCUAAUAGGGCCUUGAACUGCUG